AUGCCCUCUCGACACAUCUUGACGUUUCUCGCUCCAGCUUGGGGUCAUGCACUGCCUUACAUGCACCUCACAACUCGAAUGCUGGCUGCUGAUCCAGAUUUGGUUGUGACAAUUGUUCAGCACAACAUCGUCGUACCGAAAAUGCUCGAAGAAUUGAAAACCUGUUCUUACGAUACUAGUCGGUUACAAAUCGCGGGUGUAGGAGAGAAGGAGAUUCAAUUUACCCCGAUGAUUGUCGGAACAAUGAUCAGCCAACUUACAGCUGGAUGGCUGGAGAUCCUCGCAGAUGCAGUCGCUGAGAAAGGCAAUUGGCCCAAGCCGAAGACGUUGCAUAUGGACUUUUUUGGAGGGGGUUUAGUUGUCGAAGAAUCGAGGGCGAUGAUUGGACCGGAAGGAAAGAUUCUCGUUUGGUUCUCAUCUUCCGUCACAUCUGGCGUGGACCAUUUCAGCGAAUACAACUUCACGAAAAUCGCGCAAGAAAUAUGCGCUGACGAGAGCAGAAGAGCGGGAAGAACGGACGAUGAAAUUCGCGGCGAUGUCCUCUGCGCCAUGAAUGGCAGCGACAAACUAGACGGGCGUAUCAUCGAGAUCAUUGGCGGAUUGAAGAUAUACGAUCAUGAGCACCAAGCACAGGGCGCUGGACCACCGCGCGUACUCGCUCCCAUUUUGAUAUCUGCAAACAAGUUGGGUCGUUCAUUGUUCUUCCCAGUGGAGACGCCCAAUUUGGUCGAGGCCAUGAUAGACGUGCUGUUGCAGCUGGAGACAGUGAUUCCCUUCGUUUUCGUGCUGGCUGGAAAGAUGGCUUCAUUGCCUCAAGAGACGAUCGAUCGCAUCCACGCUAGUGGUAGAGGAGUCGCAUGCUCACAUUGGGUCGAUCAGAAAGCCGUCUUGAAAAGUGGCGCAGUUGGCUGGUUUCUGACUCAUGGGGGCUACAACUCGCUGACCGAAGCGCUCAGUCAAAAUAUUCCCCUCAUCUUCUGGCCGAUCGGAGCAGAGCAGGCUAUCAAUGCAGCUGUACUUUCGACAGGUCCCCGUCCGAUUGGAAUAGAACUUUUCCAGAUCCGAGCUGGUACUCAGCUGGGGCCAUCUCUCCGUCCGGAGGCGCCCACGAUCACAGGAACAGUCGAAGACGCCAAGAUAGAGUUCCAGAAAACGUUCAAUGAUCUCAAAGGAUCUAGAGGCCAUAUCCUGACGCAAAAUGCCAUUCAGGUUGGAAAACUGUGGCGUGAGGAGAGAAUGAACGGGGAUCUUGAACGGGAGAUCGCGAGACUGACAAGAUUUUAGAUAAUAGACUGGGGGUUAGAGGUCCGGGUUCAAACUACAGCAUUUAUUUUAGAGCACAUCGUG